UGUUUUAUACUAUUUUGUAAUUAAAAUUGUUUCCAAUCUUAACCCAAAUCAUCAGUCUCACUGAACGAAGCCAAGCCCUAAUCAAUUUUCCUCACCACACUGAAAGCAUAUCCAACGUACGUACUAAUCUCUAGCUGGGCUGUUUAAUUCGCCAUUAAUGAAAAAGGCCUUAAACCCAUAUCUCGAGAAACCAAAUUCUUGCAUAAUUUCUCAUCUUCACCUUCAAAACAUUUUCAUUUUUUCUCGUGACGGGGUUUUGUUUCCCUUUGAAAAUCGUUCCAUUUAUCGAGCUGGGCGGUUCUGAUUUUUCUGUUCGUUACUUUUUUUGGGUUUGUGUCAAACAUGAGUGGCCACAACAAUGCGAUGAGGUGGGAGAAGGUGCAGCAUAGAGGUGGGAGUGGUGGGCCCGGGGUGAGGUGGGGCCACACAUGCAACGCCAUUAGAGGAGGCAAGCUUCUCUAUGUGUUCGGGGGAUAUGGGAAAGAUCAGUGCCAGACUAAUAAAGUUCAUGUUUUUGAUACUGUCAAUAUGCUUUGGAGUGAGCCUAUAAUGAAGGGCAUACCACCUGUGCCAAGGGAUAGUCAUAGCUGUACAACAGUUGGAGAUAAUCUGUUUGUAUUUGGUGGUACAGAUGGGAGAAGGCCGCUUAAUGAUUUGCACAUAUUGGAUACCUCCACCAAUACAUGGAUCCUACCAAGCGUUAGAGGUGAUGGGCCAGAACCGAGAGAAGGGCACAGUGCUGCUCUUAUUGGUAAAAGGCUCUUCAUUUUUGGUGGAUGUGGCAAAUCAGUGAACAGCGAGAUCUACUAUGAUGAUCUUUACAUAUUAAAUACUGAGACUUUCUCAUGGAAACGUGUAGUUCCAUCAGGCACUCCUCCGAGUAAGAGGGUCAGUCAUACCUGCUCUUCUUGGAAGAACAAAAUCAUUGUUAUAGGUGGUGAAGACUCGAAUAAUUAUUAUCUAUCAGAUGUCCACAUACUUGAUGCUGAUACUCUUGUUUGGUGCACGCUGAACACGUCUGGCCAGCUAUUGCCACCUCGAGGGGGUCACACGACCGUUGGUUUCGGCAAGAACUUAUUUGUGUUUGGGGGUUUCUCAGAUGAGCAGAACUUGUAUGAUGAUGUAUAUAUGCUAGACAUUGAAAGUGGGGCAUGGAUGAAAGUGUUAGCUGUAGGAGAGGGUCCAUCUGGUCGAUUUUCAAUGGCUGGUGAGAGUUUGGAUCCUCAGAUGGGAGGUGUUCUUGUUUUUAUUGGUGGCUGCAACAAAAAUCUAGAAGCACUAGAUGACAUAUAUCUCUUGCACACAGGGCUUUUUAGAGAACUCGAGCGAGACGAACGGCGUAUUGAGAAGCUAUCUCUGAGGAAACAGCUGAAGUUAAAAUGCCAAGAGCAGAGCACUUUUAGAAGGCAGAAUUUCUAUUUAAAUGAAUAUCAGACUCCAAUGGGUAAAAGGACCUUCCAAGCUAAAGUCACUAAAAGCUUUACAGGCGGAUAUACCAUCGAAACCAUCAUUGAUGGAAGGCCUCUUCGUGGCGUUCUGUUUUCGAACAAACCAAGCUUUGGUAGCAUUGGUAUUGAUGUUUCCAAUAGGAAGGUUGAAAUUGAGAAAUCUAUGAAGACUCAGUUGGAUGAUGUAAAGCAAACAGAUAAUCGAAAUGAAAAUGAUGUAGUCGAAGCCCAGUUGGAGGUUGCUGCCUCGGAAAUGAAAAAUCUUGCUGUCUCCGGAGAUUCAAUGCCAGUGGAGGCUUCAACAAUCUCAAAACCAGAUAUGGCUCCUGAUGUUAAUGCUGGAAAUAAUGUUGCUGCUAAUCCAUCUUCAUCUGAAGCUGACAUUCAUACACAAAGUGUUUCUACAGUUGUUAUGGAUCAAAACGCGCCCUUUCAUUGAGUUUCUCCAACUUUUUUCAGAAUGAAAUUUUGCUCGAAUCAAAUUAAAGGUGCGCAUCUUAGAGUGGUGCAGUGAGCGGUUUGACAUUAUGUUAGUCUUGAUAAGAAAAAUGUAUCUACUUCCUGAUAUUAAAAAAUGUAACAACUUGACAAAUCCCUUUACUCUUAAUGUUUUGUAAAUUCUAUAUAUCUCACUUCCCCUUUUUAUUUUAAUGCAUCCGAAAUAAUGCAUUUUCGCAGUACUUUAUGUUAAAUGCCGAAGUGUUAUGCAUUGUUUGAAGAAAAUGGAGAAAUGAUGGGAUUUCAUUUUGUUUAGAUGCAAACCAGAUAUAAGAUUAUCAUCUACUAGCUUUAUGCUUAUUCAUUCAUUGCCUAUUUAUUCAAUUAUAACAAUA